AUGGAAGACCUCAGCUUUAAAGAAAUGCAUGCGUAUCUGGUGGAUCAAUUUCAGAACUUACCACCGAAACAGGCCAUGGAAGUUGACAGUGGAGUAGACUUCGUACAGCAAAUGUUUGAGGAGAUCUUUUACACACACCCGGAAGAAUUCCUGUUGCCAGCAAGACGCAAGUACAGAUUUCUCUCUCCAAUCCGGUAG